UCGAAUCGUUUGGACGUGUAUUUAUAGCAGUGCUGCUUGAACGCGAGCAAUCCGAUUAAGAAAUAGGAAAACAACAACAUAUAAUUAACACAGUGAGAUAGGCAGCAAACGCAGAUCCGAGUGAGUGUUCGCAAAACGAGCAAAGUUUAAAAUUAAACAAAUUGUAAAAUCAAAAGAAAAAGAAUAAUUCAAAUAAGUAUGUAAAUGAAAAAGUAGCAGAAUCGAUGCAUAAAAUAUAAGCGAAAAAAGCAAUAUAACAACAAUACAAUAGCGCAAAGCAAGAGCACUCAGACUAACGAGCGUCGAGUGUAUGACGUCGAGCGAAAAUCUGAAAUAUGUAAUGGCAAAAUUGAUUGCUUGAAAUUAAAUAGUGUUUAGUAGCGUAUCUGAAAGAUAAAUAAGUUCGCGAAACGGUGCGCCGCAAUUCGGAAUUUGAAAGAAAACGGAAAUUAUUUAGUUCAACCUAACGCAGGGUUUCUGCGGUGCCAGUUUCUUUUAAAUUUUAUUAUUGUGCUUCGGAAAGUGCUGCAGUGUCAGUGUCGGUGCCGAUAGCACAUUGACAUUUAACGGGUUCUUAGUGAGUUGUUAAGUGCUUUUUGUUUCGCCAUUGUGCCGCGAUUAUGUCACAAUUCUAUUAGGCGUUUUUAUUAUUAUUAUUGCAAUCGAGAAGAAGAAGCCAUACGCAACGUAAAAGAUUAAUAUUUAGAACUAAGCAAAAGAUCGCAUGGUGAGUGAUUAAUGAUUAGCGCUGCCACAACAAAAACAUCAGCGCCAACGACGACGUCAACCUUUAGCGCAGCCAGUGCGGGAACAAGCGCUAAUGGUGCUUUAGUUUUGUUGGAAGCUGGAUGCUCAACGAAUGCCUAUUGCUCUUGGGCCGAUGUCAAAAGGGCAGUGCGUUAGUGAGUCAAUGAACGUGAGCGAGUGAAUCACAAAGGCAAAGCAAUCAGCUGCUAGGCGAGAGGCUUACGAAAAAGCGAACUCAUUGGCAUUCUUCUUAAAGUUUCGUAAAGUAAAGUUCAACGAAAAAAUAGAAGCGUGACAAAAUCAAAUACUUUGUUUAGAUUCCGAAAACGUUUCUUUUAAUGUACUUUUUCGCACAUUAAAUUCGCCAACUCACACACGUCAACAACUGCAUAUGUACACACAUACACACAUACAUAUAGCUCAGCACCAGCACGCCCGACGAAACGUGUAAACCACAAUAAAAACAACAGCAAAAAAGCCAACAGCCAACAGCUCACAUCCAACAACGCUACGAACAAGUGAAAUAAAACAAAACGUCGUUUGUUUGCCUUUUAUUCGCUUGAGCGGCUUUUUCUCAGCGUAGCCGCAUCGCCUCGCGCACUAUCCCGGCCGAUAGUCAACCGAACGAUCGUACAUUUGGCUCGGUUUGUCAGUCGCUGAGAUAUCGCCUCGACGCGUUAUAUUCGUGUGCUUCAUGCGGUCGUUGGACGCGUUUCUCAAAUUGGAUUAGACGCACUUUUAUCUUAUUUUUGAGUUCGAACCAUUUACAGGCAGUGAUUUUUUUAAUUAUUUGCAUAGUUGAAUAUCAAAGGCGUUCGCCGACAUUCAACAACAACAGCGAAAACAACGAAUAAAAGCAGCAGCACAAAAUUAAGAAUAUUGCGUAAAUCGCUUUUCAGCCGACAAAUAUCAGUUGAAACUUAAUUAAGCAAAACAACAGCAACAAUAACACAGAAGUAACAACCCCUCAACUCGUUCUCCUUUGCGUUAAUCGCCGACUUUUUAUUUUGUUACCAAACACACGCGCACACACGUACGAACGCGCGUAUAGCACGCAAUACAUAAUGGCCAACAACUCGACCAAAGUUGGCAAUCGGAAUGCUGCAACAGCGCCAACGGCUGUUGCCACAAAGCCACCACGACAAUCGUUGUUGCCGUUUUAUCUACGCCUGCUAAUGCAAGUUUGCAUUGCUCUUGUGGUGGCCAGCAGUUGCUUGGCAUUGCCAUCAGCCAGUGCAAAAAAUCUCGACGGCCAUCAUCUCCACGCACAUCAUGAACAACAGCACGCACAUCAUCGACGCCGCUUGCAACGCGAUUCAAGCAGCAAAGUUGCAAGCACACACGAACAAUGCCACUACGCCAGGGAAUACUUCGAAUCUAUCGACAUCAAGCUGAAUGGCAACUUUGAGGAAAAAGGUAAGUUCCAAAAAGUUGUUAAAAUAAGAAAAUCGAAAAUGAUGCUAAGUGCUUUCCCACCAAGCUAAGUUAGCUGGCCAACUGACUAACUGGUUAGCGAUGGAGUGAAAAGUGUAGCUAAUGGAAUGCUGCGGCGGGUGGGGCAAUGGUUGGGUAACUAUGUGGGUGUACCGUUAACGGCUAUUUAAUUUAAUGUCAAUAAAAAGUUUUCACUCUGAAAGUUGAGCAGUCUUGUUGUUUGUGGAGAGAUUAAGUGCCCAUGUGGUCAUGUUUGUAUGCUUGUAAGAUUUAGCCUAACCGCUGAGUAAAUAAUGAGUGGGUUUGCAAAACGAAAAUAAAUUAAAAAAAAAAUAUUUUUGAAUUAAUUGCAAAGUUGCAAUUGUAUUUACGUAGAAAUCACAAAGGAAGCAAAGCAAUAAAUGGAAAGAAGCUAAAAUAAGGGAAGCAGGAAAAAUAAAAAAUAUAAAAAUCUUUUAUAAAUCCCAAAACUGGUUACGCUUCAACGCAUGCACUUCAAAGCGUUGGGCAAAAGACGUAAACUCGUUGUUGUGGCAAAUCGCAAAGGCAGCUUUGUGAGUUCGCCUAAAAAGCGCGCAAUGGAGUUUGGGAAGUGCGGGCGUUGGUUGCGCACCGUUGACACCAGGGUGUAACGAAGGAAUUGCGCUGAUGGGUGCAGCUACAGCAAGAGUUCUUAAUUGAAAAAAAGGGGGAAACAAAACAAAGCAGAAAUAAGCGAAACGUUCCUUUUGGCGAUUUUUGAUAGUUUGCUUUGAGUUCAUGGCGAAAGAUUUCCAUACAAUUUCAGUUUGCCAUUAACUGUUAUACCCUCUACGUUCGGAGUUGUAUUCGCAUUGAAAGAAGGGCAAAAGCGAUAAAAGCACUUGAAAAAUGUACAUGCUCGUUUCUUGCUUUUAUUAAAAAAAUACUUUUUUUAGACGAAAUGUAAUAUCUUAAAUAUAU